UGUGUCUCUACAAAGAAAACUUUUGCAUGUUUUAUUUGAAAGAUCCAGACUGACUCCAGGUUUAAACAAACUGUAUUUGACUUGUGUAUCAAAUGUUGAUGUGAAUGCAUGAAGCUGUUAUUUUGAAAUUCAUAAUGUGUAUUGGUGGUUUUGGGAUUGUCAUGUUUUUCUUUAACUAUAGGCUUGAGAGUGGUCAUGCUUUUAACAUCUGUUGUGUAUACCUAAUGAGAUUGUCAAAAUAUAUUGAAUGCCAUGCAAAUUCUUUUAAUACUCAUUAAAUUGUCAUUUAAAUAGCCCAUGAUGGGCCUUUAUCACAUGAGUUGUUUAUUAGGAAACCAUUGACCAUGCCCAAUAAAUGUUUAAUUUGCAUGUAUACUGUACUCUAUUUCAAUCUUGAAGUUAAGACAAAAACCUGUUAUAACCACUUGCUGCUUAUGUUUAUUUGGGGGUUCCUCCAUCUGAGUCCAACCUUCUCUUAGCAUGGUCAUCCCUUGCCCUCUACCAGUCCUGCCCUGGCCAAAGGGUCAUUGUUAAAGGCGUGUCUGUUUAAUACGUGCUCUAAUUUAUUGAAGGACCGGUGGUAUGCUUUUCAGUGAUAGUGAGAAUAAACUCAUCAUUUUUAAAGAUGACCUCAGGACAGGCUUUGUCUUAUUUGUUAUGAAUCUGAAAAACAAGAUGAGCACAAAGAGUUAAAUGGGGUUUGAAGGUGGCUGUCUUGGUGUCCAGUGCUGUCUUGUGUUGCUGUUUUAAAAUGGCUCCAGAACGAUCAUUUCCUGUCUUAACAGGAAGUCCAUUAUGCUCCAUGAUCACAAUUAUUUGCCCAAACAUUGAAAAAAGGAAUAAAUGUACUACUUUUUGACUAAUGGUAGCUUGAUGUUCAAUGGCAAGAUAUUUAGUUGAGGUUAAGGUGAUAUAUGAGGAAGAAGAGCACUUUAAUUUUUGUAAUUUUAGUUAAAAAAUCAAAGGGGUGGGUCUUUGGUACAUCACCUGAGUCCUGGGGUAAAUGGAAAGAGCGUCAGUCAAAGGCAGAGCUCUCAGAGCUGGGAAGGAGCUCUUGAUGGUGGCUGAGCCUUGGAGAGGAGUGCAUUGAGACUCGCUUAGCUUUUCUACCACUUUGUGUAACUUUCGGCAACUUUUGGGCCGCCCCAGGGGCCACUGAGUGACUUUAAUCUGCAAUAUUGUUAACUUUGGACAUCUCGUAUUUGUAAUCUUGCUGUAUUUAAGCGUUUUUGUUGUAUUUAUACGCCUUUAUCGCGGGGAGAAAUACAGUACACUGCCUGUAUGUGCGGGUCGUUGUUUUCCCAGCACUAGCAGCCAUGGCGCCCCUCCAUUUUUGUGCGCACUGGUAGGGCGCUUCUCGGACGCUUCUUAAUUAAUGAGCAGCAUUCCCCGAUUACACUUUCUAUUUAUUUUGAUCAAAUAUCAUAUUUAAGGACGUAUUAAAAAGCAACAUGUUAACAUUUGCAAAACGUAUUAUGGAAUAAAUAACCGAAUUGUCAGACUGGAAAGUAACGCGAUCGACCAGAUCUGUACAUGGAAUAGGUAUGUUUACAAUUAUCAUUUUAAUUCAUUAAAUCAUUAAUUUUGUUUUUGUGUUUUUCUUUUAAUACGUCGAGCACUCUACGAUGACGCAGUUAGAAUUCUGCCCAUAUUAAUACACGGUGUGUUAAGAAAUCUUUACUCGUGUGAGCUUGGAUGUAAAUUUUGGAUGAUGCUGUGGUGACCAGGUGUAUUAUUGUUUGUAAAAUUACUUUUAAUGUUAACUUGUUUCUUUGUAUUAUGCGAGGCAAUGCUAUAUGUGUUUCAACAAUGCUGUCGCAACGUCGAGGGUUUGCUGUCGAGCAAAAAAAAAAAAAAAAAAAAAAAAAAAAAAAAGCAGAUGGAAUUUUACAGAAGAUCUUACCUCUCUUUUAACUUUUGACAGUAAAUGCCAGGACAUAAGAGGAUCCUAAAACAAUAAACGUUUUUAGGAUUAAAAACAUGAUUAAGAAUAAGAACAAAAAACACGAAGAGGACGGCGCAACCCAAAGCAAUGCAUCAAGCAAUUCUGCUUCUGAAGAGUCGAACCACUCCGGCUCUGAGUCGGGGAGCCAGUCUGAGAGUCAGCAUGGAAGAGAGAAAGGCAACGAUCAUGCCAGUGAAUUCAACAGCAGCUCUGAAUCUGAAAGCCAGUCUGAUUCAGAGUCCGAAUCGGCGGGAUCAAAAUCCCAGCAAAAUUCCUCGGAGGUCAAAGAUAAACCAGUCAGCAGGAAGGAUAGAUUAGCAGAUGUUAAGAAGAUGUGGGAAGAACAUCCUGAUGUUUAUGGGGUCAGGCGGUCGAACCGGAGCAGACAAGAGCCUGCUCGUCUUAAUUUUGGAGCUCAGGGCAGCAGUGACUCUGAAAGUGAAAGUCCAAAAAGAAGAGGAGUAAGACAAAAGAAGAAAAAAAAUAUCUGGAAAGGUGAUGACUCUAAUGAUGAAGACGACGACGAUGAUGAUGAAGAGGAUGAGGAGGAUGCCAGCAGUGCAGAGAGUGAGCAGGAAGAGAAGAAAGUUAGAUCACAACGACCUACAGCCAAAAGAACACAGACCAAAGCCACUGUCAAAAAACAAAAACCUCAGCGGAAACGGAAAAAACAAGACUCUUCAGACGAAGAUGACGAUGACGAUGAUGACGAUACCCCCAAGAGACAAACAAGGCGUCAGGUUGCCAAAAAUGUCAGUUACAAGGAGGACGAGGAUGACUUUGAGACUGACUCCGACGACCUCAUCGAAAUGGCAGGGGAGGGAGCAGAAGAGCAGCAGGAUGACAGUGAGACCAUUGAAAAAGUGAUAGAUGUCAGGAUUGGGAAAAAAGGAGCCACUGGUGCUUCAAGCACUGUGUAUGCUGUAGAAGCCAACGGAGACCCCUGUGCUGACUUUGACCCGGAGAAGGAUGAGGGGGAAGUUCAGUACCUUAUAAAAUGGAAAGGCUGGUCCUAUAUCCACAGCACCUGGGAGAGCAUAGAGUCAUUGACACAGCAGAAAGUGAAGGGGCUAAAGAAGCAGGAGAAUUUUAAGAAAAAGAAUGACGAAGUAAAAUAUUGGAUGUCCAAAGCAUCACCUGAAGAUAUAGAGUAUUAUAACUGCCAGCAAGAGCUGACCACUGACCUGAAUAAGCAGUAUCAGAUUGUUGAGAGAGUGAUAGCUAUGAAGACAGGAAAGUCAUCGCAAGGCCACUCUGACUUUCCCUCUCACAGUCACAAGACUUCCUCCAAUGAGCCAGAAUACCUGUGCAAAUGGAUGGGGCUUCCUUAUGCUGAGUGUAGCUGGGAAGAUGGAGCAUUGAUUGGAAAGAAAUUUCAGCACUGUAUAGACAGCUUCCAUAACAGAAACAACUCUAAAUGCAUCCCUUUCAAAGACUGCAAAGUACUAAAACAGAGGCCAAGGUUUGUGACAUUGAAGAAGCAGCCAGCAUAUGUAGGGGGAGACAAUCUGGAGCUCAGAGAUUACCAGUUAGAUGGACUUAACUGGCUAGCGCAUUCCUGGUGCAGGUGUAAUAGUGUGAUCUUGGCUGAUGAAAUGGGCUUGGGGAAGACUAUUCAGACCAUCUCCUUUGCAUCCUACCUGUUCCAUCAGCAUCAGCUGUAUGGGCCCUUCCUGGUAGUGGUGCCUCUCUCAACCCUCACUUCCUGGCAGAGGGAGUUUGAAACGUGGGCACCUGAUAUGAACGUGGUGGUGUACCUCGGGGAUGUAAUGAGCAGAAAUACAAUUCGUGACUAUGAAUGGGUACAUUCUCAGACGAAAAGAAUUAAAUUCAACGCACUUUUAACUACAUAUGAAAUCCUAUUAAAAGACAAGGCAGUGCUGGGAAGUAUAAAUUGGGCCUUCCUUGCAGUGGACGAAGCUCAUAGAUUGAAGAAUGAUGACUCGCUGCUGUACAAGACCCUGAUCGAUUUCAGGUCAAACCACCGUCUGCUCAUCACAGGGACACCUCUGCAGAACUCUCUCAAGGAACUGUGGUCACUGCUGCACUUUCUCAUGCCAGAGAAAUUUGAGUUCUGGGAGGAUUUUGAAGAGGAGCAUGGGAAAGGUAGAGACAAUGGCUAUCAGAGCCUCCACAAAGUUCUGGAACCAUUCCUCUUGCGCAGAGUUAAGAAGGAUGUGGAGAAGUCCCUGCCUGCCAAAGUGGAACAGAUUCUCAGGGUGGAGAUGUCAGCACAACAGAAGCAGUAUUACAAGUGGAUUUUGACAAGGAAUUACAGGGCUCUCUCCAAGGGGACAAGAGGAAGCACCUCCGGGUUCCUAAAUAUUGUCAUGGAGUUAAAGAAAUGCUGUAACCACAGUUACCUGAUCAAACAACAGGAGGAGAAUGAGACCGAAAGCCAGUCAGAACGUUUACAGAACUUGAUCCGAAGCAGUGGCAAGCUGGUCCUCCUGGACAAGCUCUUGACACGGUUGCGAGAGCGGGGGAACAGAGUUCUAAUCUUCUCCCAGAUGGUGCGGAUGCUGGACAUUAUUGCAGAGUACUUGGUCAUCAAGCACUAUCCUUUCCAGCGCUUGGAUGGCUCAGUAAAAGGAGAAAUAAGAAAACAAGCACUCGAUCACUUUAAUGCUGAAGGUUCUGAGGACUUCUGUUUCCUGCUGUCCACACGAGCGGGUGGCUUGGGCAUUAAUCUCGCCUCGGCUGACACAGUGGUUAUCUUUGACUCUGACUGGAACCCCCAGAACGACCUGCAGGCACAGGCCAGGGCACACAGGAUUGGUCAGAAGAAGCAGGUAAACAUUUAUCGUCUGGUAACAAAGGGGACAGUAGAGGAAGAAAUUAUUGAACGAGCCAAAAAAAAGAUGGUUUUGGACCAUCUUGUGAUCCAGAGAAUGGACACUACGGGACGCACGGUAUUGGACAAUGGCUCAGGAACCUCAAAUUCAAAUCCAUUCAACAAGGAGGAGCUGACUGCAAUCUUAAAGUUCGGAGCAGAGGACCUUUUCAAGGAAGCUGAAGGAGAAGAGUCUGAACCUCAGGAAUUGGACAUUGAUGAAAUCUUACGGCUGGCUGAAACCAGAGAAAGUGAAUCGUCAGUGAGCGCCACUGAUGAACUGCUGUCUCAAUUCAAGGUAGCUAACUUCUCCACUAUGGAAGAAAGUGUGCCUGAGUUGGAGGAGAGGCACCCCAGGGACUGGGAUGACAUCAUCCCAGAGGAUCAGAGGAGGAAGAUAGAGGAGGAGGAAAAGCAAAGGGAAAUGGAGGACGUCUACAUGCUGCCGCGAAGCAGGAGCUCCAACAAGAAGGCUCAGGCAAAUGACAGCGACUCAGAUGUUGGUUCAAAGUUAAAGCAGCAGAGGUCAUCUGGGUCAGAAAGUGAAACGGACGACAGUGACGAUGACAAAAAGCCUAAGCGCAAGGGGAGACCUCGGACACGGAAAAACAAUGUGGAGGGGUUCACCGACGCAGAGAUUCGAAGGUUUAUCAAGGCUUACAAAAAAUUUGGAGCCCCCCUUGAUAGGUUGGAAGCCAUUGCCCGGGAUGCUGAGCUGGUGGAUAAGUCUGUAGCUGACCUGAAGCGUUUGGGAGAGCUGAUUCACAGCAGCUGCGUAGCAGCGGUGCAAGAACAUGAGGAGCACUUGAAAGAAAACCCAAGCGAGGUUAAAGGACCAGGAAAACGCAGGGGUAUUACAAUCAAGAUUUCGGGUGUCCAGGUCAAUGCCAAAUCCAUUAUUCAGCAUGAGGAGGAGUUUGGGCCAUUUCAUAAAGCCAUACCUGUUGAUCUUGAAGAAAGGAAAAAGUUUCAAUUGACCUGUCGCGUGAAGGCAUCCCAUUUCGAUGUAGAGUGGGGCAUAGAGGAUGAUGCUCAGUUGUUGCUGGGGGUCUAUGAAUAUGGUUACGGCAACUGGGAUUUAAUAAAAACUGACCCAGAUCUCACACUGGGCAGUAAGAUUCUUCCAGAUGACCCUCAAAAGAAGCCUCAAGCGAAACAGUUACAGUCUAGAGUGGAUUACCUCAUCAAGCUGCUAAAGAAGGAACUUGAAAAUAAGAAUCUGCAAGGGGCAGAGACCAAAGUAAAGAGGAGGAAACCACGAGUGAAGAAGGAGAACAAGGCUCCGAAGGAUGAACACGGAAAUGACAUUUCAUCUCCUCGGCUUUCUGACAAUCCUUCUGAGGAAGGGGAGGUCAAGGAUGAUGGCACGGAAAAGAGUCCAGCGAAGAAGAAACAAAAAAAGAAGGAUAAUAAAGAAAAUAAGGAAAAACAGGGAGCACCCAAGAAAGAUAAAGAUGGGGAGAAGGAGAAAAAGAAGUCAAAACCGAAAAAAGAAAAGACUAAAUCUGCCAGUAAAGGGAAGAAGUCUCAAGGCCCUGUCCACAUUACUGCAGGGAGUGAACCGGUCCCUAUUGGAGAGGAAGACGACGAACUCGACCAGGAGACAUUCAGCGUUUGCAAGGAGAGAAUGAGACCAGUGAAAAAGGCCCUGAAGCAGCUGGAUAAACCUGAUGAAGGCCUGUCUGUUCAGGAGCAGCUCCAGCACACUCGCACCUGCUUGCUGAAGAUUGGCGAUCGUAUCACAGAGUGCCUUAAAGCCUACACUGACACGGAGCAGGUCAAAACCUGGAGGAGGAACCUCUGGAUUUUUGUAUCUAAAUUUACAGAGUUUGAUGCCAGGAAGCUUCACAAGCUGUAUAAGAUGGCACAGAAGAAGCGAUCACAAGAAGAGGAGAAGGGACAUAAAAAGGAGGAGGACACCUCUGGUAGUAAAAAGCCAUUUCUAACAGAGCCCUCUGGUUCCAGUCGAGAAUCCAUGGGCUCCCAGACACCCCAGAAACCACACUUGCCUCUCUCUCAUCCCACACAGCACCACAGGGACAACUACAGCCAGCCAAACAAGAGACAUUUUAAUAAUGCAGAUCGAGGUGACUGGCCAAGAGAUCGCAAAUACAGUUACCCAGGAAACAGUAAUCAGCCAUGGGCAGGUGACAGGCAUCACCAGUAUGACCAGCAUCGGUAUAAGGAACACCAUUACAAUGACCGUCGACCUCACGGUGAACCCUAUCGGAGUUCCAACUAUCGAUCAAGCGGCUCACCCCGCAAGCGGCAGUAUGACCAGUACAGCAACGAUCGAGAGCACCGGAGAAGCAGGGACUAUUACGAGAGGCACCAAGAUCCCAAACGGCGACGAGUAGAUGACUUCAGAUCACAAACCUACCACCAGGGUGGCAGUCAUCCACAGGACUUCAGGAGGAUGCCUGACCAUAGAUCCCAGAUGGGCAACCAUAGCCAAGGGGCAUCCGAACAUCACCGGACAUUCCACCCAGAGAAACCUGGGAACUACAAACCCCUUCCUCUGGCAACUCCUGUCUUGAUGGACCCCCGUUCCCCUCAGUCUCAAAAAUCUCCUCAUGACUCCCGGUCGCCCUCUAGACAGGUUUCUGGAAUAUAAAAGCACUCCUGAUCUCAAAUGCAGUGCAAGACUAACUUGAGUAGGAGCUGGAAUAGACCACUGGUAACUGAUACAUGCUGCUAAGUUAGGUGCCAAAAUGGCUCACCUUUUAUUGAAUGGCCUAAGACUUUCAGUUGCUGUUGGGCUGUCAGUUUAAUAUGCUGGCCAGUAUUGUUGAGAGUAUAACAAGCAAAACCCCUUUACCUGUCAUUUUCUGGAAAAAGGUAAAACGAAUUUGUUGGGCACAGAUUGUAUUGAAGAAACACAGUUAUAAAAUAAACAGCCUUUGCAUGAAUUCAGCAAAAGUUGCUACUUUCACUAUAAGCAGGUACAUUAAUUUUAUUUUGCAGAUGAUGGCAAGGUUUGAGAAGUUAGUCCCAUGGACUGCUAAUGAUACUGGGCCCAAGUCAAAAUAUGAAAGUGCCUAAAACUCAUGGGUAUGAAAGUUAAAAGGACAGCAGAUGUACCUUGUUGAUGUCUGUAAAAAACAAUUCUUUAGGACAAAUGAAAUAUUUGGCAUUCUGAUGGAGUUGAUUUUUUCAUUCCGUAAUUACGAGGGCUGGUUUGGAUGCAUCUGCAUGGCAGGUAGAACCUAAAAGUUUCACUAGCCUGUAAGUGGCCACGUCACUGAGUUCAUGGCUUUGUUUACUGUGUAAUUUCAAGAAAUUGUACAAAGGACAAUAAUAUAUGCACAAAACACGUACAUAUAUUUAUUUUCAUAGAGGUCAAGUGCAAGGGUUCAUGGUAUUUCUAUUCUUUAUAAGCUGCUGUUUGCACCUUAUUUUGUUUUACAUGGAAAGUAACUAAAGGUUGAAGGAUACUACAGUUUCCAGCUGCACUGUCUGGCCUUCUGUUUUUAGUUCUUCAUUCCUGAUUCUUUGAGGCUUGUUAAGCUUUUUUUUUUUUCCUUCCUGAUUCUUAAAUGCAUUUUCCUUGACUUUCAGCUAUAGCUGAUUUCACUGGUCAUUAACAAUCAAGGAAGAGCCACCCACAAGGCUUGAUAUCAUGAAUUAAUUAAAUCGAGAUUCGUGAGCCUUUUUGUAUUGAUAAACAGUUGAGCCAAAAAAAGUGACUGAGUCAUGCCCGUUAACUGAAAAUAAGCAUAGAUCAUAUAUGCUGUUUUAAUGCAUACCUAACAAGUGACCAGAAACCAUAGUUCAAGCUAAAGAUGACUUCUUUGUAGAACAAAUUGUUGUUUUGCGGAAAAGUAUCUUUUCUGUUUUAACGCAGCUUCCUGUAUACCCUGAUCGUUUCAUAUACAAGCUGUUUUAAGAGGAGCUUUUAUAAUCUCAUUAGAAAUGAGUUUGGCCCUGGUUUGUACACUAAGUCACCUAAUGAAUGGUAUGUUUACAGCUUGCCUUGCACUAAAGAAAACAGUAUUUGAGUAAAGAAUCCAUUCAUGUGUAGUAUUGUCUGAAUGUAUUGUAAAAUAAUGUCUUUAAAGUAAGAUUAAUAUGGUUGUAUCCAUAAGAGGUGAUUUUGAAAUUCUUAAAUAGAUGUUGAAAUUAUGCUUCUGUUAACAGCUCUGUUAUAAUAAAACAAGUCACAGUGUCAUUUAGCAAAUGAUUGUGCUAAUCCGGGUGUUCUUUCCUUGAAGUAUUAGAGCAAAAUGUUUGAUUUUUUUGUUGUUUUUUUAAUUGUUAUUUUUAAAUCCAAGUGCAAGAUCUGUAAAGGACCCUGGAAGGUGGCCAUGUACAAUGCAAAAUAGUGGUAUUGGCAACAUUGUAAGUCCAAAUGGUUUCAACUCUCAACCAUAAUACCAAACUUUAUAUCUGAAUGUGAUUAAAAUUGUAGUUAGCCUAAAUAUCAGUGCCAUAAGACACACAGAAGUGACCAGGUGAAGUGUUAACUGUGUUUGAAGUUGCAGUAUGCCUUUCCAGUUGUGCCUUGCAUCCUACUGACUUUGUGUUAACUAUUUGUGAUGAACAAGCUUGAUAGAAGGUGAAAAAGACUUGUGAUUGUCAAACUUUAUUUAAUCUGUCAAAACAGACUUUAAUAAUAAGCUAAUUCAUUAUAUAUUUGUGUGAAUAGGGACCAGUGUUUGGUCUGAAAUGGUGUUUUCACAUUCUUGAAUGAACUACAUUCUCAGUAAAAAAAAAAAAAAAAAAAAAAGUUGCAUUGAAGCAACAGGGACAUUACUGGGUUAAACUUGUCCCUUGAUAUAUUUAAACAUACAUAUAAAACAAAUCUUAAAUCUUAGCAUCACCAGCUUCCCCAAAUCCCACACAUUAAUGGUUAAACUUUUACAAAAACAAUAAAUUGCACUGCAGUGUAAGCAUACUACAACUUCUUACAGAAGUGAGAAUAUGUAAAGCUAUUGCUGAGAGGAAGUCACUGAAAACAGAGCCUUUUUUUCCUUUUUUCUUUUCCAAAAUCUUUCUUUAAAACACAAGUGAACUUAAAACUAGAUCAAUAAUUUAUAUUUGUGAGAAAGCCACUGUUUUAAUGUGUUUUGGUGUAAAUAUGUUAUUUAUAGUACUGUAUGUAUUAAAUUUUCUUACAUUG